AUCGGCUCGUCCGAUCAUCCGCCAUGUGUCCUACCUUCGUCCCCUUCCUUCUUCCCCAUCCUUGCCUCCAUCUGACUCCUCCUCCGCUGCGGAAGAGGAUGACGACUGCUUAUCGCCUAUCUCUCCGUCUCCUUCUCGUUCUCCUUCCAUUACUCCGUUCCCAACGCCAUCGCCAUGAGUUUUCUUACGGAGCGAGCUCUCGGCGAUUCCCUGCUGGUGCCACGAUGCCACAUCUCGGCGAUCCGACAAGUUCACCAUCCGCGGCCUAGUCCGGACCUUCGACGACUUGCGCAAUUCUUCUGUACUCGGGGAGUGUACGCAGCCGCUGAAUUUCGCUUUGCAGGCAGUUCCCGGGCGGUUGUGUUGGCAGAGACGGUAGCAGUUCAUCGGCGGUCGGCUCCCGGAAUCAGCCACGUGUCUACGGUGGUCGCCUUCAGUGGCCACAUCAGCACCAUCAGCCCGCUGCGGCAUACGACUAUCAAGACGUCGCUCCGGCUCUGGGCGCAGCAAUUGGCGGUGGAGUGGAAUCGUUGGCUCACGCCCCACGGAGAUAACCUUUUUCCCACGGACGGCGUCGACCUCGAUGGGAUCCGAACCUUCCAGCAUGAGUCAGCGGUGGUGCUUCCGGAACUCGUCCCCUUCCCCCUGCGGCCCGAUCAUCGCCAACUGAUCGUGCACGAGUUAACAGUCCCCCUUGCGCAGCUGGCCGACGAUCUCCCACUCGAGAUCGUCUCGCAGAGCGACGACAGUCCGGUCCCGCACAUUCUCACGCGGACCUUGGCGCCAUAUCUUCAGUGGUCGGCGUGCUUGGAGGAACCUGGAAGCGGCCGCAACCCACCAUCACAGCGCGAUUAUCUGGACCCGCACGAGAUAGUCGACCUCGCCUUCUUCCAAGACCGGACAACUUUCGAGAACGAGGAGGUAGAAAUGAAAGCGGAAGAAGAAAGCUCAGAAGAAGAAGAAGAAGUCGAAGAAGAGGCCGACGAGGAAGAAACUCCCGAAGAAGGGAGUUACAGUGAGCACAUCGAAGGCAAGCAAAGUGAGGAAGAGGAGGAGGAAGAACAAGGCGACGAAGAAGAAGAGGAUCAAGAGGAACUGGAAGAGUCGGAGUGGGAAGGAUUCAAGGAGGAAGUGCGUGACAAGGCUCGGGCGCAGGCCCGGGCACAGAAGAGGGAAGAGAUCGCGGUCGGAAAGCGACAGUUGGAAUUCGCCAGCGAAGCCGGUCAGCCGCACACCGACGAUCCGGCCCGAGAUCCGGAGCCACCUAAGCCCGAGGAUGGAGAGACAGCUGCCGAGACUUCGGCCGCACCAGCAAGAUGGUGACGAAGCCGAUCCCCCUCCCCCUCUA